AUGUUCUCUUCAACUGCCGCUCUUUCCGCUUUCCUGCUCUUACCUGCCCUCUUUGGUCAAAAUACUGGGACCGACUCUUCUACCACUAGUAACACUACCACUACUCCCAGCACUACAUCGGGCACUACUUCUUCCACUGCUCAUGGAAAUGGAACCCCUUUUACGGUCCCAACUGUGACUGGUACGACUUGUGGUACAGCUCAACAAAACUUCAAUCGGCGAGGGUCGGCAAGGAUAUCUCGGCUUGCCCUCCUACCGAUAACAUUUGUCUUUGCGAGUAAGUGCACUGACGCUUACAUCGCCGCUUGCUACAAUGCUUGCCCUGAUUUACAAGACUGUGCUGCCUACAAGGAUCAAUCGUUACAGCACUGGGCCACAGCCAAGAUCUCACCCCCUUCGACUUACAAUCAAACUUCACCAGUAGUCAACACCACUACCGCUACCACUACCACCACCCCGGCUACCACUACUCCUAGUCCUACUAACACUACAACAUCUCCAGUUACCACUGCUAGCGCCUUUGCUCGUGCCUCAGAUGCUUCAAGCUUUGGAUUCUCAUAG